AUGGGACUGAUGCGCACCGCCUGGAUUGAGCACCCGGAGUUACAUCUGCCCUUGAUCGACCGGGGCGAGGGUGAAACAGCCCAGAAAGCCCUUCGCCCGGGCUCUGGCGCAGAAGGCCGAACCCGAAUGCGCAGUGAGACAGGAGUGGGUGUUGGGAGCAUCAGGAUUGGCAGUUUCCCGUCGUUGGACAGCGAUCUGUCAAUCGUGCUGCCAGUCGCCUACCUGUUUAAGACUAUAGUUACAGCGAUGACACAAGAACUGUCUCGAAAAAUUAGCAGAGACCAUGACUUCAUCAACACGCAUGUGCUCAGUCUCGGCCAUUCCUUCAAGAUGAUAAUCGGCGCUGGUGCCGGACAUGAGGCCGUCCCUUCUCCAAGCGGAGGGAGCAGGCCCUGGCUUAUGCAGCCGCGCAUCCAACAAGCUCACUCGCCCAUCUCGCCGUCGUGCUCAAUGGUUGCAUGGCAACACGGACGGACACGCCAAUGA